CACCCGCCUUCAGUCUCGACCACUCUGCUCAGAGAGGAAGGAAAAGGACCUGCUUUCAUUCUGAACCAUUCACUUGGACUUAGUAUCACUGACAAGCCUUUCUAUUCUUCAGACCAAAGCAACUGUAGAAGUAACGGAAGACGACAACUGUCUACUGGAUAGAUACUGAGAAGCCAAUCAGAAACAAACCGCAAUAACAGAAAGACGGGAAAGGAGCCGUCCCGUUUUAGAUAGUGGUGUUUUAAGUCAGGCUGGCCAAAGACACUGACAUGGCAGAAGAGACGACUCACACCUCGGAGGCCCAGGAGACACAGACCAAAGGAGAACAACACAGCCCAAAAGAUUCCCCUGUCCUGGGGAACAUGGUACGCACCGAGCUGGAAUGGGACGUGCCCAUGAGUGUCCCUUUGCCCAUCGAGGUCAUCAGUGCUGACCAGCCUUUCCCGUUCCUGGACACCACCCUGGCAGACCUGGGCAUCGAAGAAUCCGCAGUGAAGGAGCGGGUGGUGUGGGUGGACACCAAGCGGACGCAGGUGAAGAGCAAGUCAGGCAAACUGAAGGAGAAGGAAAUCACCAUCUUGGAGGUACGGGUCAAGGCUCAGAUCCCCGGAGACAAGAAGACCCAGGAGGUACUCUACAGCACCGAGUCCCACACGGACCGCUCCUUCUGUCGGACCGGAGUGGACAUCCUGCCCUGGAAGAGUCGCACACAGACAGAGGAGAACGGCUUCCAGCCAGUAGAGAUGACCGUGGCCUUGGACAUCGAGUCACAGCCCAAACAGGACAUUCGAGAGGUGUGAGGGAACUCUCAGGAUCAUCGCCAGAAAAAGCUAUAAAUUAAUGAUCAGUGCAAUUAAACAUGGAUCAGCCACUAGGGCUUUGAAUCGUAUAAACAUUUAAGCAUAAAAGAAAAGACAAAAGCAAAGUUGACCUGUAAAGCCAUCAAUGCCUUUGCUGUUAUACCAUGAUCUAUAUCUAAAUCAGGGAUGGAUAACUUUGAUUGGGGUGGGGGCCACAAAAUCUGACCCCCUGAAAAUGUUGCUGCUUAAAGCAAGUUUGCUGCAAUUCUACAGAUUUUUUCAUAGGGUGGAGAGAAAUGUUUGCAGUUUUUAAUGAUAUCUGAGUGAGACUAACAAAAAUCAAAUGUGGGCCCCCCUGACAGUAAUUCGACCAUGAUUACUACUAGUUUAGAUAGCUGGCCGGCUAGAUUAAGUUACCAAUCUUAAACAUUUGAGCUGAUAUGGGCUAAUUGACUGACUAUUAGUGUCUGAUAUAUGAGGGAAACCUGUAGACGCACAACUACAUUUCAAAAUUGCACCUUGCUUAUUCUAUCUACUAUUUAAACUCACAAAAGUAAGUGGAGAUCCCAACUGAGGAAAUUGAGCCGAGGGCCUUCAAAAGGGGGGCCCGCAUGUGGUCCGCCAGUUGCACAUCCCUGAUCUAAAUCCUGCCUUAUAUAUUUCUUUCCAAGUAUUUGUUGUAAUAUUAUUUCAUGAACUUUGUUUGCUAUGUAAUAUUUGGCAACUCUAUAGACUUGGUUUGUCUAGCUAUUGCUUGUUAUUCAGUGUCUUGCGAAAGUAAUCACCCCCCUUGGCAUUUUUCCUAUUUUGUUGCCUUACAACCUGGAAUUAAAAUAUAUAUAUAUU